ACGUGCGCGGCGCCGCCCCUGCGAGAGGACGUUGCGUGCUCGCUCGCGCCAGGCGAGUCUCCGCGUCUUGCCUCGCGAACUCGGUGAAAGGAAUUGGCGCCGUUCGACACCAGGCGGGUCCGCUCUGCAGCACUCAGCCAUCUCCAGCCGCAGCCGCAGCCGCAGCCGCCGCCCGGGCCGACCAGCCGCCGCCGCCGCCGCCGCCACAGGCCGAGGGAGCCAGCAGUCCGCGGUGAACCGGGGCCCUCACCAUGAGUUCUUCGCCUGUUAAUGUCAAGAAGCUGAAGGUGUCGGAGCUGAAGGAGGAGCUCAAGAAGCGGCGCCUCUCCGACAAGGGCCUCAAGGCCGAUCUCAUGGAUCGACUCCAGGCCGCGCUGGACAACGAAGCCGGCGGCCGCCCCGCCAUGGAGCCCGGGAACGGCAGCCUCGACCUGGGUGGCGACGCGGCCGGGCGCUCGGGCACAGGCCUCGAGCAGGAGGCCGCGGCCGGCGCCGAAGACGACGAGGAGGAGGAGGGCAUCGCCGCCCUGGACGGCGACCAGAUGGAGCUGGGCGAGGAGAACGGGGCGGAGGGGGCGGCUGACGCGGGAGCCAUGGAGGAGGAGGAGGCGGCGUCGGAGGACGAGAACGGCGACGACCAGGGCUUCCAGGAGGGGGAGGACGAGCUCGGCGACGAGGAGGAGGGCGCGGGCGACGAGAACGGCCACGGGGAGCAGCAGUCCCAACCGCCGGCGGCGGCGGCGGCGCCGCAGCAGCAGCAGCAGCAGCCGGCCCAGCAGCGCGGGGCCGGCAAGGAGGCCGCGGGGAAAAGCAGCGGCCCCACCUCGCUCUUCGCGGUGACGGUGGCGCCGCCCGGGGCGAGGCAGGGCCAGGCACAGGCGGGAGGAGACGGCAAAACAGAACAGAAAGGAGGAGAUAAAAAGAGAGGUGUUAAAAGACCUCGUGAAGAUCAUGGCCGAGGAUAUUUUGAGUACAUUGAAGAAAACAAGUACAGCAGAGCCAAGUCUCCUCAGCCACCUGUUGAAGAAGAAGACGAACAUUUCGAUGACACAGUGGUUUGUCUUGAUACUUAUAACUGUGAUCUGCAUUUUAAAAUAUCAAGAGACCGCCUCAGUGCUUCUUCCCUUACUAUGGAGAGUUUUGCUUUUCUUUGGGCUGGAGGAAGAGCAUCUUAUGGUGUGUCAAAGGGCAAAGUCUGUUUUGAGAUGAAGGUAACAGAGAAGAUCCCAGUAAGGCAUUUAUAUACAAAAGAUAUUGACAUACAUGAAGUUCGGAUUGGCUGGUCACUAACUACAAGUGGAAUGUUGCUUGGUGAAGAAGAAUUUUCUUACGGGUAUUCUCUGAAAGGAAUAAAAACAUGCAACUGUGAGACAGAAGAUUAUGGAGAGAAGUUUGAUGAAAAUGAUGUGAUCACAUGUAUUGCUAACUUUGAAACUGAUGAAGUUGAACUCUCCUAUGCGAAGAAUGGACAAGAUCUUGGUGUUGCCUUCAAGAUCAGUAAGGAAGUUCUUGCUGACCGGCCACUGUUCCCACAUGUUCUCUGCCAUAACUGUGCAGUUGAAUUUAAUUUUGGUCAGAAGGAAAAGCCAUACUUUCCAAUACCCGAAGACUGUACUUUUAUCCAAAAUGUCCCCUUAGAGGACCGAGUUAGAGGACCAAAGGGACCUGAAGAGAAAAAGGAUUGUGAAGUUGUAAUGAUGAUUGGCUUGCCAGGAGCUGGGAAAACUACCUGGGUUACUAAGCAUGCAGCUGAAAACCCUGGGAAAUACAACAUUCUUGGUACAAAUACCAUUAUGGACAAAAUGAUGGUGGCAGGUUUUAAGAAGCAAAUGGCAGAUACUGGAAAACUGAACACGCUAUUGCAGAGAGCCCCACAGUGUCUGGGGAAGUUUAUUGAGAUUGCUGCCCGCAAGAAGCGGAAUUUUAUUCUUGAUCAGACAAAUGUGUCUGCUGCUGCCCAGAGGAGAAAAAUGUGCCUGUUUGCAGGCUUCCAGCGAAAAGCUGUUGUAGUUUGCCCAAAAGAUGAAGACUAUAAGCAGAGGACACAGAAGAAAGCGGAAGUAGAGGGGAAAGACCUACCAGAACAUGCUGUCCUUAAAAUGAAAGGAAACUUCACCCUGCCAGAGGUGGCUGAGUGCUUUGAUGAAAUAACCUAUGUUGAACUUCAGAAGGAAGAAGCCCAAAAGCUCUUGGAGCAAUACAAGGAAGAAAGCAAGAAGGCACUGCCACCAGAAAAGAAGCAAAACACUGGCUCAAAGAAGAGCAACAAAAAUAAGAGUGGCAAGAACCAGUUCAACAGAGGUGGUGGCCACAGGGGGCGUGGAGGAUUCAAUAUGCGAGGGGGCAAUUUCAGAGGCGGAGCUCCUGGGAACCGCGGUGGAUAUAAUAGGAGAGGCAAUAUGCCACAGAGAGGUGGCGGUGGUGGAAGUGGGGGAAUUGGCUAUCCAUACCCCCGUGGCCCUGUUUUUCCUGGCCGAGGUGGUUACUCAAACAGAGGGAAUUACAACAGAGGUGGAAUGCCCAACAGAGGGAACUAUAACCAGAACUUCAGAGGACGAGGAAACAAUCGUGGCUACAAGAAUCAAUCUCAGGGCUACAACCAGUGGCAGCAGGGUCAAUUCUGGGGUCAGAAGCCAUGGAGUCAGCAUUAUCACCAAGGAUAUUAUUGAAUACCCAAAUAAAACGAACUGAUACAUAUUUCUCCAAAACCUUCACAAGAAGUCGACUGUUUUCUUUAGUAGGCUAACUUUUUAAACAUUCCACAAGAGGAAGUGCCUGCGGGUUCCUUUUUUAGAAGCUUUGUGGGUUGAUUUUUUUUUUCUUUUCUUUUUUGUACAUUUUUAAUUGCAGUUUUAAAGUGAAUCGUAAGAGAACCUCAGCAUUGUGCACGAUAAGAGAAUGUGUCAGUAUUUCAGGGUUCUACAUUUUAUCUGUAAAAUGUGACUUUUUUUUUUUAUCACAACAAAAGUAAAAUGUUGCUUUGUACCUGGUGUCUUUUAUUAAGCAUUUACUCCCCAUUUCUCACAGAGAAUAACAGUCGGGAGUCAUUGUCACAAUAACACAGCAAUGUUAGCAACCAGAUUCAUGGAAGGACUAAGGUCCUCAUGAAUUGCAUAAGAUUCUGUACUGCUCAUAUUACACUCCAUCCUCUCUGUAAAAUGGUGGGUAAUAGUGGAAGGGAAAUUUCUGACAAACCGGGAAGGCUGUUCUUUUUUUCUGUUUAACAAUGGAAUUGGAAAAAUUGGGAAUGAAGAUAAAAUUUGGAACCAAGAUUGAGAAGAUGGAGUGUAUGUAGAAGGGCUGUUAAAAAUGUAAACUUGGUUGCAUUAUAUGUGGAGGCUCAAACUUGUGAAGGUUAAAUACCAUAAAUUUUCCAUUUGUUCUGCAUUUUGAUUCUGAAAAGAAAGCUGGCUUUGCCCAUUUCUUAUUAAAAAAAACUUGUUGUAAAUCCAGUUGUCUAAUGGGAUCUAUAUGAAGUUAGCUAUGUCUGUAUGCCCUUCUCCCACAAAAUACUGUAUAACUAGUGUGCUUGUAGUAGUUAACUCCACCAUCUUUGUAAGCUAAUGAAAUUGUGAGUCACCCAUUUAUAUCUUUUAAUCAUGUCAGUUCUUGAAUGGGUAUCUCCUUAGCCUGCUGAUUUCUUUUUCUUUCUAAAGAAAGUGGGUGGAGAAAUUAAUUUAGACGUUUGUUUGCAAUAAAAAGAAUUCAUUUUA